GGGAACAAUAUCAAACACCUCAUGGGUGGCUUGAAACGAUUGGCAUCCAAGGUUAAGACAAGAGGAUGUGCUUGUGGCGGUGGCACACACACAAUGACCCAAACAAACAUUUGGUGGCCAAGCGACUGGCCCCAUCCCUGGCUCUCUUUCACCUUCCACUCAAUGAUUUCUUUCUCCCCUUAUAUGUGAAGAAGAAGAAGAAGAAGAAGAAGAAGAAGAAGAAGAAGUAGAGAAGCAGAAAUUGAGGACGAUAGAGUGAAGAGAGAGGAAGCUAGCGGACAACGUCAUGGCGGCGACUCUUACAGGUGCCUCGUCGAUGGUGCUCUUCGUCCUGCUGGGUCUCGUGACGGCGACAGAAGCCUUUGAUGUGCCGACGUUAACCUUCGGCGAGGGCUUCUCCCAUCUCUUCGGCAACGACAACCUCAUCCGCUCUGCCGAUGACCGCAGCGUUCGUCUCACCCUCAACCGUUACUCCGGCUCCGGCUUUAUCUCUUCGGACCUUUACGAGCAUGGAUUCUUCAGCGCCUCCAUUAAGCUGCCCAAGGAUUACACGGCUGGCGUCGUCGUCGCCUUCUAUACAUCCAAUGGCGACGUAUUUCCCGACACGCACGACGAGCUGGACUUUGAGUUCUUGGGCAACGUGAGAGGGAAAGACUGGAGGAUCCAAACCAAUGUCUACGGCAAUGGCAGCACCACCCGCGGCCGGGAGGAGCGCUACCUCGUCCCCUUCGACCCCACCGAGGAGCCUCACCUCUACUCCAUCUUGUGGACCCCUGACUACAUCAUCUUCUACAUCGACGACGUCCCCAUCAGAGAAGUGGUGCGGAGCGACGCCAUGGGCGGCGACUUCCCGUCGAAGCCGAUGUCGGUCUACGCCACCAUCUGGGACGGCUCCUCCUGGGCCACCUCCUACGGCCGGAUCAAGAUCAACUACAAGUACGCGCCGUACGUGUCCGAGUUCUCUGACCUCGUCCUCCGCGGCUGCCGCGUCGACCCCAUCCAGCAAGUGGACUCCGCCGACCGGUGCGCCGAGGCCGUGGAGGAGCUCAUGUCCGCCGACUACGCCCUCCUGACGCCAAGGAAGCGCGCCGCCAUGCGCCGGUUCCGGGAGCGGUACAUGAUCUACUCCUUCUGCUACGACCAGCAUCGAUAUGGCAAUGUCACCUUCCCCGACUGCGACUACGUCUCCUCGGAGCACAGCAGAUUCGGGGAAUGGGGUGACAACAAGUUUCCACCGAAGGAGGUCCGGAGGGCCCGGCGACGGAGCCGGAAGCCAAGUGCCGUCGACGAUCAACCAUCGAAAUAGAUGACAUCUUCUUGUCCAUAUGUCUUCCCCGCACAGUGUUUAGAUAGGAUACAUUGAUUCUUUCUGUAUGGUUCUCGAGUCACAUCAUAGAAAUUACACCGCAAUAAAGUUGAGUUGUAUUUCGAGUAAAUACGAAUAAAGAUGAGCAUUCGUUGGUGAUGAUGAAGCUGUCUGCCA